UUCCGCUCUUAUCGACAUUUCUUUCUCUCAGGCUUUUAGCUUCCAUUCUCUCUAAUUUCCUUCCUUUUCUUUUUUUUUUUCCUUUUCUUUAUCCUUUCUAUUUUCUCCCUCACCAAACACAAAACCUCAAAAAAAAAAAAGGCUUUCCUUUUUGUAAUCGCUUCUUUGUCAGAUCUUGAUGUUUUACUCUUUCUAUUCUCGGAACCUUUUUCUUCUAGCUCAAAAUUACGCUCUCACUUCAGUCAGGAACCAUAAUUGAGCUCGUUCAAAGAAUUUUUAUUUUCGGGCAAAUUUUGCAUCUUCUUAAGGCAGCUUGUUGUGAUGCGCAAAGAGUGUGUAUUGGGGGAAAAAUGUACCCGUGGGAGUUGGAGUGCAAGUAUGAACAAGUUUUGAAUGAUUCUCACCUGUUGGUAGGGAUUUGUGUGUGAUUACAAAGAGAUGAGUCACACAAAAAAUCAGAGGGAAGAUGGAAUGCUCUCUAAGGAUCAGACAGAAUCGCCAUUGAUUGAUGAUGGUAACUGUGGAGGAGGUGCGGCUGGGGGGGUUGUUCUGAAGAAAGGACCAUGGACGUCUGCUGAAGAUGCAAUAUUGAUAGACUAUGUGAAGAAGCAUGGGGAAGGCAACUGGAAUGCUGUUCAGAAGCACUCUGGAUUAUUUCGUUGUGGAAAAAGUUGCCGCUUACGUUGGGCAAAUCACUUGAGGCCAAAUUUGAAAAAAGGGGCAUUUACUCAAGAAGAAGAACAGCUGAUCAUUGAACUCCAUGCAAAGAUGGGAAAUAAAUGGGCUCGGAUGGCUGCAUAUUUGCCUGGUCGUACAGAUAAUGAGAUAAAAAAUUAUUGGAAUACCCGGAUUAAGAGACGGCAACGUGCUGGUUUGCCUCUGUAUCCUCCUGAAGUGAGCUUGCAAGCACUGCAGGAGAGCCACAGUACCAGUGCAGUUAAUGGAGGGGGUAAAGCACCUCAUGAUAUCUUGCAGAACAACAGCUAUGAGAUACCUGAUGUCAUAUUUGACAGUUUAAAGGCCAAUCAAAAUGUCCUGCCUUAUGUCCCUGAACUUCCUGUUAUGUCCGCUAGCAGCAUGCUGAUGAAAGGUCUAGGUUCUUCUCAAUAUUGUAGUUUCAUGCGACCAACAAUCCAUUGCCAGAAGCAUCUUCAAGAAUCGCCAGCCUUUUUCCCGGGUUAUACUGGUGCUGUUAAAGAUGAAUGCCCUUUGUUUGAGCAGUUUCAAGAUGAUAUGUCCGACAAGGCUGCUCGAUCCUUUCGGUGGUCUUUUUCAAUUGAACCAGAUCCUGCAAUGGAGACCUCUCAGUCAUUUGGUGUAUUCCCAGGCAGCCAUGCCCUUUCAAAAGGCAAUUUCUCUGCUUCAGAGCCCGCGUUGGAGGCUGUGAAGUUGGAGCUCCCUUCACUCCAAUAUCCAGAAACUGAAUUAGGUAACUGGGGCACAUUAUCUUGCCCACCUACUUUACUUGAGUCUGUCGAUGUUUUUAUUCAGUCACCACCACCAACCAGCAGAGUAGAGUCUGAUAGUCUUUCACCCCGUAAUAGUGGCCUGCUGGAUGCUUUACUUCAUGAGGCAAAAACUCUAAGCAGCGCAAAGAAUCAUGCAUCUGAUAAGAGUUCGAAUUCAUCAACUCCUGUUGAUAUUGCUGAAAGUUCUAAUUUCAACAUUUGUGAGACAGAAUGGGAAAACCGUGGUGAACCUCUUUCUCCAAUGGGUCAUUCAGCAACUUCUCUGUUCAGUGAGUGUAUCAGUGCAAGUGGCAGUUCAUUGGAUGAACGGCCACCUGCUGAAACCUUUACUGAGUCCCAUGUGAAAUCAGAAGCAGCUGACCAUGUUUUGACACCAGAGAUACAAAAAGAGGCUCCCAUUCGGUUGGAUGGUAGGUGCCCUGAUACUUUACUUGCUUCAAAUUGGCUUGAGCAGGGUUCUGGUUAUGAUAAGGACCAAACAAUCAUGACUGAUGCCAUAGCAACCCUUCUUGGAGACGAUUUAAGUAGCGAUAUGGCAGCUGGAACAUCUAUUUCAAGUCAAGCAUGGGGUCUCGAUUCUUGUGCAUGGAAUAACAUACCUGCUGUCUGUCAAAUGUCUGAACUCCCUUGAUAUCUGCUAUCUCAAUUGUAUGAACUUCUAUGGAGCUUUUUGUUUGUUUCACUCGUUCCAUAAUUUGUUUGAUGUGGGUAGUCAGGUGAACCUGAUGUACUGAAGAUCAUUUGGGGUGAGACUAUAAUAUGUUAUGGAGUCAUGGAUGUUUGGUUUGUUGUUUUUGAUGCUUUUCUGUUGAAGUGUUGAAUGUGUGUAUGCUAAUACGGAACUACGAGGUAUACAAAUGCGUUCAUGCUGUUGUUAUAAUUUUAGAAUAACCAUGCACUUUUAGAAUGGAACCCCCAGUCCAAUGAUUUUCUUUUUGGUAUAAAUGAGGCCAUAACCUGGAGAUAGGGAAAGAAGUUAUAGGUGUUAGGAUUUGAAUUCUAGAUCUGUAAGAUGCCUCCAUUUAAGGGUGAUUAUAUGAACCAAGUGAGCUAAACUCCGGAUUCUUAGUCCAAUGACUUUCCUAUUUGAUUCAUGUGUCUUAACUGAUGCUGAUUUGUGGUAGGGCUGUCAAUGAUAUGACUGUUGGAGGAAACACGUUGUUAAUUUUUAGCCAUAUCUCAAAACUUUCCCCUGUUUUCAUUCAUAUACAAUCAUCUUUGAUAGAUUGGUUUUUGAUUGACUUUUUUGCUCGGGGUCAAUUUAUAUGAACUUAAUGGUUUUUCUAACCCUUUGUGUGAGGGAAGUUUUUGGCAGAUGUAUAGAUGUUUAGCUACUUGCUUUAAGAUUCAUUUGUUUUGCACUUCCACUUAUUGUUUUUACGUUGAGGGCUGUAACGUGUGAUUUCAAGACAGGUUUUAAAAUACAUUACUUUGACAACGUUAGUUUUGAAAGAACAUGAUUUUGAUGAUUAAAAUUACUUUUUAAGUUGAAACGUCCGAGAUUGCACUAUUGUUCCCAAUGAAGGUUUAUAUUGAAAAUUAGACAUGAUAAUUCAUGUGUUUGUUUUGUGUAAAA